UUGAUAAACAAAUAUUCGGCCCGCAAAACGUCCCAGACUCCCAGUCCUGGACCCUGGUCGUACCUCCAGGCUCCAGCUAUAACUCGUACAUUUUAUCGUUUACGGAAUAUUCGUUGUACCGUACAAAUAGGAAAUAGCGCAAAUUAUUAUUGUCGUUGUCACUAUACUUAGGUGCCAAAUAUCGGCGAUUUGUAAAUUUAUAAUUUAUAGUUGUCCGUUGAACCGAUUGGCACUAAUUCCGUACUCCAAUAUAAUUUUCGUUGAUGGCUAUGACUCUGGGAAAAGAUAAUAUGGGAGAGCAGCCRAUAUUUACAUGUAAGGCCCAUGUAUUUCACAUAGAUCCCAAGACUAAAAAGUCAUGGAUAUCUGCAUCUACAGUGGCUGUCAAUGUCUCAUUCUUUUUCGACUCCCACCGGGCAUUGUACCGCAUUAUUAGUGUAGAAGGAAGCAAAGCUGUCAUAAACAGUACAAUAACGCCAAAUAUGUCAUUUACAAAAACAUCACAAAAAUUUGGUCAGUGGACCGACAAUAGGGCAAAUACUGUUUAUGGUCUUGGGUUUUCUUCUGAACAAGAACUGAAUAAAUUUAUACACAAGUUUGAAGAAGUUAAAGAAAAAACAAGACAAUCGGCAGUAAGUGGACCACAGCAGAUUCAACAAUCAUUUAUGAGUUCAACAACACCAAUUACAAGUGCUAAUGCUAGUCCUGUAACUACUCGUAUUAGUCAGUCAUCUGACGGUCAAAGUAUAAUUGAACCUCCCAACAUGACACCCACAGAUCCAAAUACUACACCUGAAGAUACUAAUUCAACUGAACAAAUGAUUAACCAAAUGUCUAAAACUAUGAUUUCCAAUGCUAAUCAUGCCGCAGAGAGUCCAAAACAUCAAGGAAGCAAUGAUGGACGCAUGAGUGGUGGAAAUUCAAUGUUACCUGAAUCUCAAUUAAAAUAUGAAAAUGAAAGAUUAAAAUUAGCUUUAACUCAUAGUUCAGCAAACGCAAAAAAAUGGGAAAUUGAACUUCAAACACUAAAAAACAAUAACUUAAGAUUAACCAAUGCAUUGCAAGAAAGUACAGCUAAUGUAGAUGAGUGGAAACGUCAAUUGCAAUCGUAUAAAGAGGAAAAUCAACGAUUGAAAACUAGAUACCUAGAUGCUGAAGUAGCCAAAGGAGGAUCAGAAGUUGCUUCGGAAUUAAGAAAUGAGUUAACUAGUUUACGCUUGAAAGUUGAAAACCUCGAUAGCGAAUUAAAAUGUAAAAAUGAAGAAAUCCAAAAGAUGACUAUGAAUAGAAUGCCACUUGAAGAAAAAUGCAAGGUUCUUAGUCAAGAGAACGCGGAACUUCAAGCUGCUGUCAGUCUAGCACAAGCACAAUUGGAAACAGCUAUGGCAGCACAAGAAUCACAACGACGUGUUAUAGAUACACUUAACAAUAGCUUAUUUGUCCGUAUACAAGAAUUGGCUGCAAUACACAGAGAAAUGACAACUGCUAUUCAAACCUAAGGUAUAAUGAUUUGUGAAUAAUUAAAUACCUAAUGAUUGUAUGUAGAAAGCAAUUUAAAAUUUUAUUCUUUUUUUAAAACCAAAUAAUUAUAUCGUUUUUUUAUUUAAAUUAUAAUGUCCACAUUAAAUGGUUGGGUAACCAUUAUUAAGUAAAUCAGUGGAAAAGGUUAUAUUUAAUAAAAAGACAAGUCUAGAUCACAAAUGUAUAUAAAUAAAAUUAGCUUUUGCCAAUGUUGCAUAUUUAUAAAUUUUUUCAAUUUUCAAUUUCUUGUAAUUUCAUUAUUUGUGAUUUAUUAAGAUUAAGAUAUUAAUAGUGUAUAAUCUUGAAAAAGUUUAUGAAUUAGAAGUAUUCUUACAAUAUAUUAAUUAAGUACUGUUGUAAUUAGUGCUUGGAUGUUAUAGGAAUUAAAAUCAAUGAAUACUCAAAAAAAUAAAAAAAUAAAAUGUGCAAAAAACAAUUAUAUUUUACUGAUUACUGUCUUGACACUCUGCUAUGGUUAGUAGUAUAAUCUGUAAAUGACCAGUGUAAAUAACUUACAUACACACAUUAACAGAAUGAAAUUAAAUAUUAUUUUGGCAUAAAGUCUUAGAUCAUAUUAUAACUAGUUUAUGUUCAAAGCAUAAUAAA